UUCCUGUUUCCUGCUCAGUAGUUUUACCCAUGAAAAGAGUCUCGUCAGCCAUUUUGAUUUUCUAUUCCCUUUUUUCGUGUCAUUUGGAGGAAACAUUUUCCCAUAUAAUUGACAUUUCAAGAUGAACGGAGCUCUAGAUGAGCCAGCUCUGCUUAUGGAGGUCCCUCCUGUUCUGAAAAAGCUCGUUAAAAGAGUCAUACGAGGGUUUUACGACAAAGAACACGUUGCUCUCAUGAACGUGUUGACCAACGCUAAGCACCCUUGUGUCAAGGAAGACGACUUGCUGGAGAUGCUGAAAUUCGAUAAAAAACAGUUACGACAGACUACUUCAAGACUAAAGAACGAUAAACUUAUAAAGCAACGUAUUCACAAGGAAAAACAAACCGAACCUGGAUCAACACCGAUCACAUUCAACUAUUACUUCAUCAACUAUAAACUCUUUGUCAACGUUGUGAGGUAUAAACUCGACCAUAUUCGAAAAAAAAUCGAAAGUGACGAAAAGCAGGCAAAAAAUCGGCCGUCUUUUUUGUGUACAGAGUGUAAAAGGAAAUACUCUGAUUUAGAGGUUGACCGCCUUAUUGACAUGAUGUCAGGGUUGCUGAAAUGUACAUUUUGUUCAGGUAUAGUUGAGGAAGAUGUUAGUGAAAUCCAACAAGGAAAUACCUAUAGGACCUCUCUGGCACGAUUUAAUGAACAGUUAGAGCCAAUAUUUUUGUUGUUGAAAGAAUCAGAGAAUAUUAACUUGGCCCCUUCAGUCUUAGAACCAGAACCAGAUUUGGCGGCAAUGAAUGUUCAUAUGUCACGCUCAUCUCAUGGGUCACAUGGUAACCGUUCAUGGAGUAAUGAUCGUCGAGGUGAUGGGGAUGUAGGGGAUGUAGGUAUUAAGAUAAGUAUGGGUCCUGAUGAUGAUGAGGGGAAAGCUGAAGUCAAACGGACGAAAGAGGCACCAGAAUGGAUGAAACAUAGUACUGUCGCUACGAAGGAAGAGUCAAAACCAGUAACCAAUACUGCAACUACAACAGCACCUCAUACUAGCACUCAAGACACAGAUAAUGAGAUUCUAGCUGAUUUACUGGCUCAUGAGUCUGUGAGCAAGAAGCCGAGACUGGAUGUUGACAAAGCUUUAGGGAAUGAGGAAGAAUCAGAAUCAAGUGAUGACUCGGAUGAUGAGAAAAUGACCAGUGUCCCUGUGGCUCCCAACCAUAACGUGACAGAAACUAUGGCUGAAUCAGAAAGUGAUGGUGAGGAUGAGAUGCAAGUAAAGGUUAAUGGAAAGAUGGUGUCCCUACAUGAUGUGACACAGACUAUGAUUGAGUCAAUGACUGCCGAGGAAAAGGAGGCAUACCAUAAAGCUUAUCAUCAAGCAUGCAGUGCUAUGUUCUAACUGUUGCUCUAGAGAAAAUAUGUUAUUUGACUAUAAGUCAAUGACUGAUGAAGAACAGGAGACAUACCAUGAAGUCUAUCAUCACCAAUCAUGAAGUGUUAUGUUCUGUUGCUCUAGAGAAAUUAUGUUGUUUGACUAUGAUUGAGUCAAUGACUGCCGAGGAAAAGGAGGCAUAUCAUAAAGCUUAUCAUCAAGCAUGCAGUGCUAUGUUCUAACUGUUGCUCUAGAGAAAAUAAUUGUUAUUUGACUAUGACAAUAACUGAUGAAGAACAGGAGACAUACCAUGAAGUCUAUCAUCACCAAGCAUACAGUGCAAUGUACUGUACUAAGUGUUGCUAUAGAGAAUAUAUGUUGUGUAUGAUUGAAUCAGUGACUGGCAAAACUUCUAAUGUUUGUUUUAUUGCUACUCAAACCUUUAAUUUUUUGGGGGAAGCUUGGAGCAAAAAUUGACAUAUGCUAAUUAGUAUCAUAUACCUAAAUCAUACUAAUGGAAAUGGAUUCUUUCAGUCAACUGAUGAAACUCUAUGUCCAUCCACCAAUGCAGCCCAGGUUUGAUUCCCAGACUUGGUGUUGUAUACGAAUAGAGUUAAUGGUUGGCUCUCUCAUUUGCUUUGAGUUUUUUUCUCCAGGUUCUCUGGUUUUCCCCCCAACUCAAUGAUUUAUUUAUUGACAGGAAUUAGCUACUCUGUAGAAAUUCCACAGCUAAAUCCCAUUUAUUAUUAUUAUUAUUAUUUCUUUUUGGUGUAAUUAUUAUGACUUACAGAAAUAAUUAAAAGAGAGCCUACUUGAAAGAUGGUGGGAAGUGAAUGAAUAUAAUGAAAGAAUAUGAGUUCAAAGAGGUUAAAUGCACUUGGACUUAAUCACUUGAGAAAGCAGAAAAAAACCCAUACAGAAAUAAAACACCUGAACAUCU